UGUUAUAUACAGACAAUUGCUGUGAGUCCUCCGUGCUUCAUAGACUGCCUUACAAACUCCUCCAACCUAACUCCCAAAACACUCGCUUGAGUUCGUUUUCUCUUUUAGCCUCUCCUGCUCUUGGAGAGAUUGGUGGGUUGGCAUGGAAUGCCCAGGAGAAUCUUGAAAAGCUCAGAGACAAACUUGGUGAAUUUAGCCUCUCCUGCUCUUGGAGAGAUUGGUGGAUUGGCAUGGAAUGCCCAGGAGAAUCUCGAAAAGCUCAGGGACAAACUAUCAGCGAUCAAAGUUGUACUUCUGGAUGCAGAGGAAUAGAGAAAGCCUAGAACGACUCAGUGAAAGAUUGGAUGAGAAGGCUAAGGACGCUGUUUACGAUGCAGAUGAUGUGGUAGAUGGUUUGCAACAGAAGCUUUGCGACUUCAAUUGGGGAUCCGUGGAAGCAUAAUAGAGGAGUUUGCAGCCAUGCAAGUUUAUUUGAAAACGGUCGGAUGCUUUUCAAUUAUAUUGCAGAACAUGACAUGCAGCCAGGGGUGGAGCACUACUCUUGCUUGGAUAACCUUCUUGGCCGAACAGGUUUGUGCAAACUAGGACUUCUCCAGGAGUUAGAUCUUAGUAGCGUGGGUAAUUUCCACCACUCAUGUUUGAAAAGUUUGAGAUCCCUUUGGCUAUUGGAUCUUUCGAAUAAUCAAUUGGAAGGAAGCAUUGACACAUCAAUCCUUACUACUCCUACUUCACUUGAGUACCUUUUUCUUUCAAAUAACUACCUUAAAGGUUCUUUUUCAUUUAGCUUAGCUAACCAUUCCAAACUUGAGGUGUUUCAAAGUAUAAAUAAUAAGCUAGUGGUGGAAACUGAGUAUUCAACCUGGGUUCCAGCCUUCCAAUUGAAAUCUCUUGUUUUAUCAAGCUUCACAUUCAAAAAUGGUGCUAUUCCAAGCUUCAUGUACCACCACAACAUGAAUUGAAAAUAGUUGAACUCUCCAAUAACAACUUAAAGGGACAGUUUCCCACAUGGUUAUUGGAGAACAAUACCAGAUUAAUGAAACUAGAUCUAAUGAAUA